AUGACUUCCGCGAAACCAUCCCUCCCACCUAUCAGGACUUCGGCGAAGAACAUUAUUUUCCCCUCAGAGCUUCGGGAGAGACCAGCAUUCGACAGACGCGAAGGAGGCAAUGGACCUUCGGUUCCGCCUCCACGAGCCUACACAGAGUUCCUAAGAGUACUCAGUCCCGUUUUCUCAGACAGUGACGGAGUCGGAGCAAGCUUCUCGAGAUGUGCAUAUGCCAGUCGUCGAUCAUCAACUUUGUCCAUUCCGUCAAGUGCUUCCACCUCCUCAUUCACAAUUGGGACAUCGACAGCUUCUACACCUAGAUCUGUUCCUCCUCUAUCACCAGCUUCAGUCUCAGUCCCGGAGUCUCCGAGAACUCUUGCCCCUCUACGACACUUAGGCUUCCCCCCGCCAUAUUCUCCAGGGAUGGCUUCAUCGUGUAGUCCGUGUGCGAUGCGGUCAUCCUUUUCGCCUUCUGAGCUCAGACUUCGAUAUACCGAGUCCCCCAGAAGCGCAAGAGAAGAGUCCAUCAGCAUACAGCAGAUCAUCACCCACACGGUCACCUUGAGGCGCGCACCGUCUCUUGAUCCUCCUCCUAGGGGAAAACGGAGAAGGACUAAUGAGUCCGAAGAAAGAUAG